GCGAUCGAUACAAAGGAUCCUUUGGUGUCGCCAAUGCUGCCAUGGUGUAGAUCUGCGCGCUAUCUGACCCCAUGGUCAUUAUGUCAUCGUCAGUUGCCACAGCUAGCCCCUAGGUACUACUCUGCCAAGGUCGAGCUUCCUGAGUAUGACUACAACGCAGCAAGAGAAUGGUUCAAGAAUUACAAGGCUACCGAGUCUCUUCACGGGCUUGGAGAAGUGACUUACAGUCGAUCCAGUGGCCCUGGUGGUCAGAAUGUGAACAAAGUCAACUCUAAAGCACAACUACGCAUUCCUGUUGACCGCCUCUUCGCAAUACUUCCUCCUGUCUUGCACAAAGGCCUCCUUGCAUCCAGAUACUAUGCUGAGAACUCUUCCAGUCUCGUGGUUCAAGCCGACGACAGUCGCAAGCAGCAAGCCAACAAGGAGGCCUGUUAUCGUAAGCUCAAUGAGCUGAUUGUGGACGUAUACAAGCACAAUGUACCAGGCGAAACAACAAAGCAACAGAAGGAGAAGGUUCAGCAACUUCAAAAGGCAGAGAACGAAGCAAGACUGAAAAGGAAGCAUCUGCAUUCGAGCAAGAAGCAGGCAAGGUCAAAAGGUGACACAGAUUAAUACCUCCAAAAGCUGCUGCUAUGCGCAGAUUUUGUUGAGCUACUCCCCAGAACCUUCCAUGGAACUCAGUACCGAAUAUCCCACAGUCUUGAUUCCUUCGUCAAGGUUCGGAGUCUCCAUAAGUUUCUGUAACCAAUCUUUUACCCAAGUGACAAGUUCUGCACUGCUCGUCCCUGUUCUGGCCUCUUUGAGACG